AGUUCAAAGGCGACACAGUAUGCCCGAGUAGCAUGUUCCGGUGUCCAGAGGGUAAAUGCAUCCCUUCGCUGUGGGUGUGCAACUACCAGAAGGACUGCGAUAAGGGCGAGGACGAAUUCCAGUCUUGUCCUCCUCCGGAGUGCGACGCAGGGCAGUUGUCUUGCAAUCAGUACGUGUGGAACAAGACGUAUUGCAUCCCCCCGCACUACCGCUGCGACAUGCACGUGGAUUGCGUGGACGGCUCCGACGAGGCUGACUGUACGUACCGCAAAUGCCAAGCUGAUGAUUUUCAGUGCGGCAUGGAGGGCACAGGGAAGGUGUCGUCACAAGGACCUUGUGUAACAAAGGAGAAGAAGUGUGAUGGGUAUUUAGAUUGUAGAACCGGUAAAGAUGAGCAAGAUUGUCCGGGGCAGAGCAUCGCGUGUCGCCUCGAUCAGUUCAGGUGCGCUUCUGGCAACAAAUGUGUCGAUGCAUCAGCUAAAUGUGACCACAAGGACGACUGCGGAGAUAAUUCUGAUGAGGCACAUUGCAGUUUCCCACCGUGUCACAUUGGACAAUUCCGAUGCAGCAAUGCUCUUUGCAUCCCCGCGAACUAUCACUGUGACGGCUACAAUGACUGCGCCGACGGUUCCGACGAAGCCAACUGCACUGCCAUAGCCUGCCCUGAUAAUCAGUACCUAUGUCCCAAGGGAGGCCCAGGGGGAGUGCACAAGUGUAUAGCUAGAUCACAGCUCUGUGACGGAAAGAAGGAUUGCGAAGAUAAGGCUGAUGAAGAAGACGCAUGCUCCAUAUUAUCAUGCCCAGCGUUGGGAUGCGAGUACAAAUGCGUGGCGUCGUUAGCGGGGGGUGCGUGUUCUUGCGCGGCGGGACUAAUGCUGUCCGCAGACAACAGGACCUGUGUGGACCGCGACGAAUGCAAGGAGUGGGGCUACUGUCACCAGCUUUGUGUCAAUACUUUAGGAUCAUACAAGUGCCAGUGUGCUCCGGGGUACUCGUUGGUGGACGGUAAGCGGUGCUCGGCGGGCGUGGCUGCUUCGCCUUGGCUGGUGCUGGCGCACGCGAGCGCCGUGCUGCGUAUGGACCUACACGGCCGCGCGCCGCAGACACUCGCCAACGCCACCGCCGCUGCUGGGCUCGACUACCACUACCGCAGGAACUUGCUAUUCUGGUCCGAUCUAAAAACUAGAAAGAUCCACUCUCAACAACUAAGCGCUCCGGCAGGGCUGGGUAGGUUCGGCGACGCAGAGAUCUCCGUGGCGGGGUCUUGGGCGCCGGUAGCGCUGGCUGUGGACUGGGUGGGCGACAAGCUUUAUGUGGCCGACUCGCUCGGACAGAAGGUCGACCUGUUCGAGCUGGACGGCCGCUGGCACGCCGUGGUGCUCGGGUCCAACCUCACCAGCCCGGCCGAUCUAGCACUCGAUCCUACUUUGGGACUCAUGUUCGUUGCUGAUAGCAGUCAGAUAAUACGAGCAAACAUGGACGGCACUCACAUGAAAGCCAUUGUUUCCGAAGCUGCGUACAAAGCGUCAGGAAUAGCAGUGGAUAUAAUCGCACGCAGGGUGUUCUGGUGCGACUCGCUACUGGACUACAUCGAGACUGUCGACUACGACGGAAACCACAGGUUCCUCGUCCUCAGAGGUCAACAGGUGCCCAGUCCGUCUAGACUGGCACUCUUCGAAGACAGAGUGUACUGGUCGGACAGCACCAAACAGGGUAUAAGCUCCGUCAAUAAGUACGGCGGGGCGUCCAGUAUUCAAGCCAUAUACAAAAUGAAAGACAUCAGGGACCCCAAAGCUAUCACUGUGAUACAUUCUCUGAAGCAGACCUCGGUCAACAACCCUUGCGGAACCAACAACGGGGGGUGUUCGCAGAUGUGUAUAGUCACUGCGCUUCAAAAUGGAGGAUUAGGAUACAGAUGCGCCUGCAACAUCGGAUACAGGCUCGAGACUGAUCUGCGCAACUGUGACAUCGUUAACGAAUUCCUUAUGUAUUCUCAACAAAGAUUUAUCAAAGGAAAGGUAUUGAAUCCUGUGAUAGAAGGUUUCAGUGACGCCAUACUGCCAGUUGUGUCCAGGAGAGCGAGAUUCGUCGGUUUGGAUUUCGACGCGAGGGACGAACACAUCUACUACUCUGACGUGUUACAAGAUGUCAUUUACAGAGUUCACAGGAAUGGAACUACCAGGGAAAUCGUGUUAGCAUCGCAAAACGAAGGGGUCGAAGGACUGGCGGUGGACUGGGCUUCCAAAAACUUGUAUUACAUUGACUCCAGAAAAGGAACUUUAAAUGUACUAUCAACAAGGAAUAUUGCUUAUAAAAGAACAUUAUUGAAAGAUCUGAAAAGACCAAGAGCAAUCGUCGUCCACCCUAACAAAGGGUUCAUUUUCUUCUCGGAGUGGGAUCGUCCUGCCAACAUCAGUAGAUCUAAUACAGACGGUACUGGUCUUCUAGUCUUCGAGAAUGUAACCCUCGGCUGGCCAAAUGGACUGUCCAUAGACUUCGACACGGAUCGACUGUACUGGUGCGACGCGCUAUUGGAUCACGUACAGCAUUCCAAGCUGGACGGAACUGACGUCAAGACUGUCAGUUCACGAUUGAUCAGGCAUCCAUUCUCGAUUGUUAUCCAUAAAGAAUUCAUGUACAUCACCGACUGGAGACUUGACGCAAUCGUGAGGUUACACAAGUUGACUGGCGAACAGGAAGACAUCAUGGUAAGGGAGCCACAAACAAACAGGCUCUACGGCGUUAAAGUUUACAGUGAAAAAAUCCAGAAGAUAGACCCGAUGCAACCUUGUGCGAGAAAUAACGGAAACUGCCAGAAACUAUGUUUCGCUAUACCUAGAAACAAUACAGAGUUUUUGACGGUCAAAUGCGGUUGUCCGUACGGUGAAAAGUUGGCGGCGGACGGUCAGACCUGUGAAUCUGAUCCGAACUCGGAGCCUCCGGUGCAGGCGUGUCCGCAGUCCUGGGAUUUCACGUGUAACAACCAGCGGUGCAUUCCGAAGAGUUGGGUCUGCGAUGGCGACGACGACUGCCUCGACAACAGCGAUGAAGAACAGAACUGCACCAAGGCUACGUGUGGCCCCAGAGAGUUCAUGUGCAAGUCUGGGCGGUGCAUCUCCGACAUGUUUCGCUGCGACUCCGAGAACGACUGCGGAGACUUCUCCGACGAGACCGGCUGCGUCAACGUAACCUGCAGCAGCGCUCAGUUCCAGUGCGACAACGGGCGCUGCGUGCCCUCCACCUGGAAAUGCGACUCCGAGAACGACUGCGGAGACGGCUCGGACGAAGGGCCACACUGUGCCGAGAAAACUUGCGCAUAUUUCCAGUAUACGUGUCCUCGGACCGGGCACUGCAUCCCGGCCUCGUGGGUGUGCGACGGUGACGACGACUGCUUCGACAAGCAGGACGAGGCGGACUGCCCUCCGGUCUCGUGCCUCCCCAACCAGUUCAAGUGCGCCGAUCUCAAGCAGUGCGUGCUGGAGGUGUACAAGUGCGACGGCAUCCCCGACUGCAACGACGGCAGCGACGAGCUGGGCUGCCCGUCGCUGGCGCCGCACCAGUGCCAGCCCGGGAAACAGUUCCAGUGCCGCUCCUCUGGGAUCUGCAUACCCUCCACUUGGCAUUGUGACGGUACGCCGGACUGCGAGGACCUCUCCGACGAGCCGGCCUCCUGCGGCACGGUGGAGUGCGCCCCCAACUACUUCCGCUGCGACAACGGACGAUGCAUCUUCAAGACGUACGUCUGCGACGGAAAUGAUGAUUGCCAGGAUGGGUCUGAUGAAGGACUCCAACAUGCUUGCAAAGCGCCGCCUUUCCGCUGUCCAUCCGAUCAAUGGGAAUGUCCUCAAGCGUCAGGCCGCUGCAUAAAUUUCACUCAAGUGUGCGAUGACAAAUUGGAUUGUCCGGGUGGCACCGAUGAAGGUCCGGUGUGCUCGGAGAAGCAGUGCUCGUGGCGCGGGGCCCAGUGCUCGCACGGGUGCCACGAGACGCCGGGCGGCGCGCAGUGCGUGUGUCCGCGCGGCCUGCAGCUGACCCCGGGCGAGCCCGACGCCGCCACGUGCUCCGACCUGAACGAGUGCGAGCCGCCCGGCGUCUGCUCGCAGCUGUGCACCAACACGAAGGGCUCGUACGCGUGCGGCUGCGUGGCCGGCUACCGCCUGGCACUCGACGCGCACUCUUGCAAGGCGGACAACCAUUCCGGCGCCUUCCUAAUAAUCUCCAAUCGCCACUCGAUUCUAGUAGCCGACCUCGACGAGCAAGGCCUCGAGCGGGUGCCCAUUGACGUUGAGAACGUGGUCGCCACCGCCUCCGACAUGCACACGGGUACCAUUUUCUGGUCCGACAUGAAGCUGAAAAAGAUCUCCCGCCUGGACCGCGGCGGCGAGCCGAAAGUUAUCGUCUCAACGGGACUUGAUCUAGUCGAGGGACUCGCGUACGAUUGGGUCGGCGGCAACGUGUACUGGCUGGACAGCAAACUGAACACCAUCGAGGUUGCGAAAGAGGACGGAGCGGCUCGGACGACUCUGCUGAGCGGUAACAUCACGCAGCCGAGAGGGAUGUGUCUCGACCCGGCUCCGGACGCGAGGUGGCUGUUCUGGACCGACUGGGGCGAGCAUCCCAGAGUCGAACGGAUCGGCAUGGACGGGACCCGACGAAUGGCGAUCAUUACCACUAAAAUAUACUGGCCAAACGGCCUCACGCUCGACACGGCCACGAAGAGGGUCUACUUCGCUGAUUCCAAAUUAGACUUCAUAGAUUUCUGCAACUACGACGGUACGGGUCGCCAGCAAGUGCUGUCGGGCAGCCACUACCUGCUGCAUCCCCACUCGCUCACGCUCUUUGAGGACACGCUGUACUGGACCGACCGUCAGUUGAACCGAGUGCUGUCGGCGCACAAAUUCAAGGGUUCGAACCAGACGGUGGUGUCGCACCUCAUCUCGCAGCCGCUGUCCAUCCACGUGCACCACCCCUCGCUGCAGCAGCAGUACACGUCGCCCUGCAAGCGCGACACGUGCCAGCAUCUGUGUCUCCUGAGUCCCAACCAGACGGUCGGCUACACGUGUAUGUGUCAACCGGGGUAUAAGCUCUUGCAGGAUGGAAAAUGUGCAGACGAAGAAACAGCCUAUUUGAUGGUACUGAAGGGCACUCAAGUCAUCGACCUCUCCACUGACGGCUCAGGAAGAGCUGGACAACUGUCGCCGGUGGUUGGUAUACAAGGUGGUAUCCAAUUGGACUACGACCGUCAAGGACACACGCUGUACUGGCUCCAGUCCAUCUCAGGAGAUAGUGAGGAUGAUGAAAACUGCACCAUAUACACUAUGCCAUACGGUGGUGGCAAUAAGGCUGAAUUUUUAGGCCGAGAUACCGGCAUUGUUGGUGCACCAUCUUCGAUUGCUUUCGAUUGGAUUGGAAGGAACUUAUACAUUGCAAAUAGAGUUGCCAGUAAUAUCGAGUUAAUCAAAGUAGACGGCAAAGUUAAGUACAGAACCAUCGUGAUGGCAAACGAUGGUGGUAAGAUGUCCGUGGCAAAACCCAGAGCUUUGGCACUUGAUCCUACAGAAGGUAAAAUGUACUGGUCUGAUGAAGGUGGUUACGGAGUUCCCCCAAAAAUUGGGAAAGCAAACAUGGACGGCACCAAUUCUAUCAUUUUGGUAGAUACUAUUGAAAGACCGGAGGCCAUCACCAUCGACAUUGAGAGAAAGAUUGUCUAUUUCAGCACUCAGUACCCCGCCACCGUCAUCAGUGUAAACACAGAUGGAAAUGACAGAAAAACUAUACUCGGCGAAUCAAAUGAUAUCUCGUAUCCAAAAGUGAUCGCUGUACUUGACUUGAGGCUGUACAUACUUGAUCCGAGACACGAGAAGAUCAUCCAAGCCGAUCUCCCCAACGGAGACAACAUCAAAACUAUUAUUGACAAUGAAAGUGAUUUGAAAUCUUUUACAAUUUUCCAAAAAAGGAAGAUGAUUCAUCAUCCUUGUUCUCAGAGCAACGGAGGCUGCGAACAGAUCUGUAUUCCAGGUGACGACAGCGUGUCUCGGGUGUGUGCUUGUUCUAUCGGCUACAGAAAAGAGAACGAGAUUCAUUGUGUUCCUUAUAAGACGUUCGCAGUAGUCUCUCAGCUAGAUUUAAUCCGGGGGUACAGCCUCGAUACUAGCGCAGAAGCGAUGGUACCCAUUACCGGUUCUGGACAUCAUAUCCUACACGUAGACGUUCAUUUCGCCGAAAAUUAUAUUUACUGGGUCGAGUUCAACAGAGGUCAGUGGAACGGAGUUUUCAGGAUACGUCCAAAUGGUACAGAACUGCAACACAUCAUUAAGGAUGGAAUCGGAAGCAAUGGCAUUAGAGGCUUAGCCGUCGAUUGGGUUGCAGGUAAUCUAUACUUCACAAAUGUAUUUCCGCACGAAAGCUACGUGGAAAUGUGCUGGUUGGACGGUUCGAACAGAAAAGUCCUCGUGAAAACAACAAUGGACGCCCCAAGGGAAUUAGCCGUUAACCCGAUAUACCGGUUUUUGUACUGGAUUGAUUACGGGCAAUACCCUCGCAUUGGCCGAGCGUAUCUCGAUGGGAGUCAAUGGAAUACAUUAGUCAGUUCCGGGAUAUCGAAUCCUCGAGAUUUGACCAUCGACAUGUUGACUCAUGAUGUGUACUGGGUAGAUUCUAAAUUAGACCAAAUUCAAAAGAUUUCGUACAGCGGCGGCAACAGACAGGUGAUCAGAUCAAAUUUACCCAACCCGAUGGGCAUAGCGGUCCACACAGGUAGCGUCUACUGGGUCGACAGAAACUUACAAACUAUUUACAAAUCGUCUAAACUGCCCGGAAAUAUGUCGAUGCCAGAAAAAGUUCGAACCAACUUAGGAAAGUUACGUGAUAUAGUAAUAUUUGAUGUCAACAACCAACCGACCGAUGAGAGCAAUCCCUGCAGAAAGUUUGGAAACGGUGGCUGCGAACAACUAUGCUUCAGCUUCCCGCCAGACAACGGCGUCACAAUGCGAUGUGACUGUGCCACGGGACAGGUAUCAGCCACAAAUCCGACUAAAUGUGAUGUUGUAGAUGAAUACCUAGUCUUUACGACUAGAACGGAAAUUCGAGCUGUCAACCUUGAUCCGAAGUCUACCGGCGUACCGUUCAAACCCGUCGUCAAUUUGACCAACGUCGUCGGAGUCGAGUUCGACUACGCUGACAACAAAUUAUUUUUUACACAAAUCAGACCGUGGGCGAGAAUCGGUUGGAUGUCUGCUAAUAAUCCAAGUUCUGCUGCCAUCCAGAAUAUUAUAAACAAAGGUAUCAAUCCUGAAGGCAUCUCGUAUGAUUGGACUCAGCGGAAAGUUUACUGGACCGACAGCUCUAAUAACUCCAUCUAUGCCAUGAACUUGGAUGGUUCCGAACUAGUUAUGAUAGCCCGAGUUGAAAGACCUAGAGCCAUCGUGGUCGACCCAUGUAAUGGCACGUUAUAUUACACGGAUUGGGGAAGAUUUGGAACUUCAGGUAAAAUAUACCGAACGACAAUGGCAGGCUCAUUGAAGAAAGCUAUUAUCGACAAAGAUUUAUCACAACCCAGCGGCUUAACUAUCGACUUCGAUGAAAACAUAUUGUAUUGGACUGAUGCAGUACGAGAAAAAAUUGAAAGAUCGAAACUUGACGGCAGCGACAGAGAAGUACUAAUCUCGGCAACGAUCUAUCCAUUCGCCAUUACCGUCUUCGGUAAUUAUAUUUACUGGACCGACCUUCAACUGCGAGGAGUUUAUCGUGCCGAGAAACAUACGGGAGCCAACAUGAUCGAGAUGGUAAAACGACUAGAGGACUCCCCACGAGACAUUCACGUCUACAGCCCGAAAAGACAGAAGUGUCAAGUGAAUCUUUGCAAGAUCAGCAACGGAGGUUGCGCCCAUAGUUGUCAUCCAGCACCCAAUAAUACGGUCGAAUGCAGAUGUGACGAAAACACAAAAUUAGUGAAUGAAGGUCGCAUGUGCGUGGCUAAGAACAUAACCUGUGACUCGUACAAAUUUUUCUGUGGUAACGGAAAGUGCAUCAGUAGGAUGUGGUCUUGCGACGGGGAUGAUGACUGCGGUGACAACUCUGACGAAGAUAAGAACUACUGCGCAUACCAUUCUUGUUCACCAAAUGAGUUCCGCUGUAAUAACGGACGUUGCAUAUUUAAAUCUUGGAAAUGCGAUCACGAAAAUGACUGUAAGGACGGCUCUGACGAAGAAGGUUGCGUCUUCCCGCCGUGCGCUGAUGGCGAAUUUACUUGCCUCAAUUCUCGCUGUAUUCCCAUGUCACAAGUCUGUAACGGCAUCAACGACUGCAAGGAUAAUGUGACCAGCGACGAGACGCAAGAGCGCUGUCCUACGAACACAACAUGUCCCACUAACCACUUGAAGUGCGAGAAGACAAACAUCUGCGUCGAACCGUACUGGCUGUGUGAUGGAGACAAUGACUGCGGUGACAACUCUGACGAGGAUCCACUCCACUGCGCGCAAAGAACUUGUCCGUCCAACAGCUUCCGCUGUCCAAACCAUCGGUGCAUCCCUGCUACUUGGUACUGCGACGGUGAUGACGAUUGUGGUGACGGUGCCGAUGAACCACCCGAGUACUGCCGCUCGGAAGGCCGGACCUGCUUCGGGGACCUUUUCACCUGUGACAAUGGAAACUGCAUUCCCCGGAUCUACAUCUGUGACGGUGACAACGAUUGCCUUGACAACAGUGACGAAGACGACCGCCAUCAGUGCAACGAACGUAAGUGCGAUGCGGAAACCGAGUACACCUGCGAAGAGAACAAGGCCUGGGGAAGGGCGCAGUGUAUACCCAAGAAGUGGCUGUGUGAUGGUGAUCCGGACUGUAUUGAUGGCGCUGAUGAAAACUCUACCAUCCACCACUGCUCCACUCCAACGCCGUGCACCGACGAUCAAUUCCAGUGCAACAACGGCCGCUGUAUCAACCGAGGCUGGGUCUGCGAUCACGACAAUGACUGCGGAGAUGGCUCCGAUGAAGGAAAACAUUGCAAUACGCAAUACAAACAGUGUACGGACCAGGAAUUCAAGUGUCAAAAUUUUAAAUGCGUUAGGAACCACUUCAGAUGCGAUGGCGAAGACGACUGCGGUGAUCACUCAGACGAGGUCGGCUGCGUCAAACAAAAUAAAACGUGUCCGACAGGACAGUUCAAGUGUAACAACGACCAGUGCAUCGAUUACAGCCUCGUUUGCAAUAAGGUGUCAGACUGCAGCGAUGACUCCGACGAGCCGGCCCACUGCAACGUCGACGAGUGUGCUAAGCUGGAGAUCAACCAGUGCGGGCAUAAGUGCAUCGACACUCUCACCAGCUACUACUGCGACUGCAACCAGGGCUACAAACUCCUCACUGACGGCAAAGCAUGUGCAGAUAUCGACGAGUGUAUAGAGACUCCAGGCGUCUGCUCCCAGUACUGCUCUAACACUCCUGGCUCUUAUUAUUGCAAGUGUAAUGAUCAAUACUAUGAGAGAGAGGCUGACGAACACACCUGCAAGAGAAGAGAUAAGAUACCACCAUGGGUCAUAUUCACAAAUAAGUACUACGUGAGAAACAUGUCUACGGACGCAUCUCUGUACAAUCUGGUUCAUCAGGACCUAAUGAACGUUGUCGCCAUAGACUUCGAUAUAAAAGAAGAACAGAUGUACUUUGCUGACGUUUCCGCCAAGACCAUAUACAGAUCUAACUACACCGACCUCAAUCCCACAAAGGAAGUCGUGAUUAGGCAUGACUCUCAUGGACUGGAAGGUAUCGCGGUUGAUUGGAUCGGAAGAAAGUUGUACUGGCUUGACAGACACUCUAAGAACUUGGACGUCUCCGAAUUAGACGGAACGAGACGGAAGACGCUUAAAACCGGAAUCGCCGAUCCCAGAGCUAUAGUUGUCCAUCCAGGAACUGGCUAUCUAUACUUUACGUCUUGGCAUCUGCAAGCGUACAUUGGAAAGAUGGGCAUGGACGGAUCAAACUUCACUAUGAUUUUGAACUGGGACGACGACAUCGCCUGGCCUAAUGCGCUGACCAUCGAUUACUUCACAGACAGGAUUUAUUGGGCCGACGCUCACUUGGACUAUAUCGGGUCAGCCGAUUUAGAGGGUAGACACAGACACGUGGUGCUCUCUGGAAAGUCCGUACCUCAUGUUUUUGCUCUCAGCUUGUUCGAUGACGAUAUUUAUUGGACUGACUGGAAUUUGAAAGCUAUAAGAAAAGCUAACAAGCAUUCCGGCAAGAACUUGACGGUUUUAAGAAAUACCACCCACAGACCAUACGAUAUCCACGUAGUGCACCCUCUGCGACAACUGCCUUAUCCUAAUCCUUGCGGCGAUAACAAUGGAGGCUGCUCUCAUCUCUGUCUGAUCGCUCCUCCGCACGAGUCGAGUUAUCUAAAUAUUGAAGGUUAUGGCGAGGAAGGUGCCACCACAUACAAAUGCGACUGUCCGAAUCAGUUCUACUUAGCUAGAGACAUGAAGACUUGCAUAGUCAAUUGCACCGAUGGACAACACAGGUGUAACGGUCGCGACGAAAAAUGUAUCCCAUGGUUCUGGAAAUGUGAUGGAGAAAAAGAUUGCAAAGACGGUUCCGACGAACCCGACACCUGCCCGGUGAGACACUGCAGAGCUGGCUCCUUUCAGUGCAAGAAUACUAACUGUACCCCUGCGGCCACUAUUUGUGACGGGACGGACGACUGCGGUGACGGCAGCGACGAAGCAGAAUGCGCACACAAUUGUCCGUCUCUCGAGUUUAAGUGCAAACAUAGUGGCAGGUGCAUAUUGGACAGUUGGAAGUGUGACGGAGACACCGACUGCAAGGAUAACAGUGACGAGGACCCGGCGAUGUGUCACAAUAGAACUUGUAAUCCCGACACUGAAUUUUCGUGCAAGAAUGGUCGCUGCAUUCCGAAACUGUGGAUGUGCGACUUCGAUAACGAUUGCGGCGACGACUCCGAUGAGCCCGCCUACAUGUGCCGACAGAAGAACUGCACCACCGGAUGGCGCCGGUGUCCCGGACAGUCCAACUACAGGUGUAUUCCUAAGUGGUUGUUCUGCGAUGGAAAAGACGAUUGCAGAGAUGGUUCAGACGAACUAGCCGAAAACUGUCCAACUUGCGCUGCCGAGACUGACUUCACGUGCGACAACAAAAGAUGCAUACCGAAACAAUGGCUCUGUGACUUUACCGACGACUGCGGCGACGGCAGCGAUGAAACCGAAGCUCUCUGUCAGAGCAAAUACAGAGAGUGCUCCGAGUCCGAGUUCAAGUGUGGCAGUGGCAAGUGCAUAUCCUCGAGAUGGAGAUGCGACCACGAGGAUGACUGCGGCGAUAACUCGGACGAGACGGACUGCGGGGGCUUCCAGUGCAAGAACGGAACGUUCCAGUGCCGCUCCGGCCAUUGCAUCGCGGCGCACUUCCGCUGCGACGGCGACCGAGACUGUCGGGACCUCUCCGACGAGAUUGGCUGUCCACCUAAGUUUCCCGGCGGCAGAUAUUGUCCCGAAAAUAAAUUCCAAUGCGGCAAUACCCUGUGCGUGUCGCAAUCGGACCUGUGCGACGGCACAGACGACUGCGGGGACGGCUCGGACGAGACGCCCGACAUCUGCAACAACUUCAACUGCGACACCCUUCGCCGCUUCCACUGCGACAACCACCGCUGCGUACCCAGGUACCAGGUGUGCGACGGCGUGGACAACUGCGGCGACGGCUCGGACGAGAACAACAUGACGCUGUGCGCCAGCCGCGCGCGCCCCUGCGAGCCGCUCACGCAGUUCCAGUGCGCCAACAAGCAGUGCGUGGAGCGGCGCCGCCUGUGCGACCUGGGCGACGACUGCGGGGACGGCUCCGACGAGCUGGGCUGCCAUCACGAGCGCUCCUGCUCGCAUCUAGAUAAAGGUGGGUGCGAGCAGUUCUGCACGAACUUGACGUCCAGCAACGGCGGGUACAUCUGUACGUGCUUCCAGGGCUGGAUCAUUUCGUCCGCCGACCCCAAGCGCUGCGUGGAUCUGGACGAGUGCUCUGCUGGCCUCCACCACUGCUCCCAUCUCUGUACCAACCUCAACGGAAGUUUUAGCUGUUCUUGUCGAGAAGGGUUCCAACUCGCCGACAGUCUGUCUGGAGUGUGCAAGGCGACGAAGGACGACGUCGUCCUGUUAUACUCGAACGGCCCAGAGAUCCGAGCCUUUGCACAGAGCAAGAAUGAGCAGUUCGACGUGAUCACCUCCGAGAAGAGGAUCGAAGCCAUCGACUACGACCCGGUUAACGAAAUGAUAUUUUGGGCGGACAGCUACGACAAGACGAUCAAGCGAUCCUACAUGGUGAACGCGAUGAACGGCGCCGUCAAAAUUGGAUUCGCGCAGGAUUUGAACAUGAAGGGUAACUCUAAGCCGACCGCCCUCGCCGUUGACUACGUGGGAGACAACCUCUACUGGACGGAGGUGGAGCGACUCGGGUCCAAGCCCCGAGGUCGCGUGCUGGUGGCGCGGACGGACGGGCGGUACCGCCGCGUGCUGGUGGCAGCAGGGCUGGAGUCCCCCACGGCGCUGGCGCUCGACGCGAGAGCCGGACGCAUCCUGUGGGCAGACGCCGGUACCGCACCCAAAAUAGAGAUCGCCUGGAUGGAUGGCUCCAAGCGGCGGCCGCUCGUCACCGAGAACAUCCGCCAUCCCACAGGCCUCGUCAUCGACCACGCCAUGGAUCGCGCUGUCUACUGGGCAGACACUAAGCUGAACACUAUUGAGAUGAUGCGUCACGACGGCUCCCAGCGUCGGGUCAUCCUCAAGGGAGAUCUGCUGCGGCAUCCGCUAUCACUGGACGUGUUCGAGUCCUCGUUGUAUUGGGUCACCAGGGACACCGGGGAGCUGCUGCGACAGGAUAAGUUUGGUCGAGGCGUCGCUUUUGUUAUAUCUCGAGAUCUCGUGAACCCGUCUGGAGUCAAAGUAUACCACCCCCUCCGGUACAACGUGUCGGCGCUGACGGCGUGCUCGCGCGCGGCGUGCUCGCACCUGUGCCUCGUGGUGCCGGGCGGGCGCCGCUGCACGUGCCCCGACCAGCAGCCGCCGCCCAAGCGGGCCACGCAGGAGCUGGCCUGCGACGCACCGAUAGAAGUCCCCCGUCCUUUACCCCGCAUCUGCGAGUGCGAGAACGGCGGCACGUGCGUGGAGCGCGCCGACGGAGGCCUGGAGUGCCGCUGCGGAGAGGCGGGAGCGGGCCCGCAGUGCGCGUCCCCCGCCGCCGUGCGAGCCGGCGCAGGGACCGGCGCGGCCGUGCUGGUGCCGGUGCUGCUGGUGCUGCUGCUCGGAGUUGCUGCCGGAGCCGCCUGGUUCGUCAUCAGGAAAAGGCCGUUUGGUAAAGGCGGCCUGAGCAGUCUAGCGUCAUCCCAGAGCGUCUCGUUCCGUCAGGGCUCCAACGUGGAGUUCGGUGGCGUAUCAGAACCCGCCUACACGCUCGAGGAGACAGCGGCUGCAGCAGCCGCCGCCGCGGCCGCUAGAAAGGGGAGAGAUUUCUCCAACCCUAUGUAUGAUGCGGUCACGCGGGCUGUUGCCGCGGGUGAGCCUGAACCGCCGUUACCUGGCAUUUACGAAGUACCAGACGAGUUAAAAGAUAAGGUAGCAUCCGCUGUGAUCUCCCCUUCAUCAAGUGAGACGCGUCAUGCCGCAGCGUUAGGCGCCGGCGCGGUGCGGGCUCUGGAGCCAGCCGCUGACACCGGCGCCGACACGCAGGGCCUUGUGCGCGAGGACAAGCAUUGCUAGCACGCAGCCCCGCGCAGACCCGGGCGACGGGUCGCGCCGCUCCUGCUCACGCCGAGAGCAUUCUUCUACAAACAUAAAUCGUCCGACCACAGGAAUAAUGUAAAGCUCUACUCUGUACUUCAACAUCACUAGAGCAAUUUGGAAGAGAGUGUCAUAAUUAUUGACAAUGACGAAGACAACUUCAAUGUCAACGUCAGUCGCCUCGAUGAGGCCAAAUAAAGACUUUGAAGUAUGUCAGAUUUCAAAUCAUUUCAACAAAUCGAAGAUGCAAUUUGUAAUUUAAUGUGACAUUAAAAUGUUAAUUAAAAAGAAUACGUACAUACAGUUAUUUGUUAAAGUUUGCGUGUAAGUAAAAAUAAACAAAAUGGAUCUUUAAAAAAUUGAUGUUAUCAUUAUUAUUUUAUAUCUACAAAAUGUGAAUUAUAAGACACGAAAAUUAAUAUCGUUUGGUUUUUCCAAUGUCUUUCCGUCCUUUCUAGAUUUAAAUAUUAAUUUCUUCCCAAAAAGUUUAUUGUUUUUAGUUAAUUUAAUCUGAUUCUGUUUCGAACGUACUUAGAUUAUACCUCGUUUUGUUUUAUGCUCAAUCGUUAUGUACAUGCAUAAAUACCAUAUCAUCUCGUGAUAAAUAAAUGUUAAAUAUCAAUCAGUAAUACAUUUCUACAUAGUAGCUAUAUACAUUCCAAGCUUGACUUAUGUUAUUUCCUUUAUUUGUUGAACCCUUUGAUAUAAACAAAAUAUAAACAUAGAGACCACAUAUUAUGUCAUAAAUUAAAAAUAUUAUGUAUUAUAAAUUAAAGCAAUGUGUAAAAAUAGACUAAAGGGUAAACAGUAAAGGCCAAAGUGACUGUUACAUUCCUAAACAUAUUAUCUUAUGGAGUUAAGUUAGACUAGUACAUAAAUGUAAUUUAGGAAUUGUUCGGCUUUCCCGCCAUUAAACUGGGACUUGUUUCUUCUUAUAGACAUUUAAAUUUAUUUUGACAAUAAGCAGUAAGGAUUAUUUAUUUAUUUCGAUUUUAGGAUUAUAUAAAGAUGAAAAUUAAAUGUUAUAAAAUAUUAAAGAAUCUUUUUUGUGGAACUAAAGUAUUGCCAUAAAAGUAUGAGCUGUUUUUUGUUAAUUUUGACUAUAAUAAAAAAUACAUGUUUUUUGUUUUGUAAAUAAUUAUGUGCAUUCUAGUACAUAAAAUAAGAAUUAUAAAUAUUACUGUUACAUAGAACCUACAUCACAUUUUAAAAAUGAUGUUAAAAGUCUUAUUAUGUCAAUAUACCUAAUAUGGAUAAGGAGAUGAAAAUAUUUUUAUAUCGGGAUUAUUAUAGUUAUAGACUGUCUUUCUGACUUAAGUUGAUAAAUAUUGUGAAAAAAAAAGAAUAUAAAACCAAUUAUUGUGUA